AUGCAUAACUCUCGUGGGCGAGUUGGUGGUGGGUCUCCCUAUUCUAUAGCAAGAAACCAUAAAGCAAAGCUCGCAGCUGACUAUCAUGACCUCUUGAAAGAACUAUCUACUUCGGACAUAGCCUCAAUCGGCAACUAUAUACUAGGAGAACCUCUAGGCGCAGGUUCAUAUGGAAACGUCAAACUCGCGACUCAUCGUAUGACUGGACAGAAGGUUGCCAUAAAAAUCAUCGACAAAAUACACAAGGAAACGAUUGCACCCGAAAUAUAUCAUCAUCGGUAUCUCCACCAUCCAAAUAUUGUCUCACUUCUCGAAGUUAUUCCUGCAGAAACCAAAAUAUAUAUGGUUUUGGAAUACUGCGAAAACGGUGAAUUAUAUAACUACCUGUCUGAUAAAAUAGCCAGCGGAUCUUAUGUGAAAGAGAGUGUGGCCAGACGGAUGUUUGGUCAAGUAUGUAAGGCUGUUAAAUAUUGUCACGACAGGCGUAUAGUUCACAGAGAUCUCAAGCUAGAGAACAUUUUGUUGGAUGCACACAAUAACGUCAAACUUAGUGACUUUGGCUUUACACAAGAAUAUGAAAGCAAAAAAUUACUAGAUACGAUGUGUGGAUCAAUAGGAUAUUCAGCUCCGGAGAUACUAAGUGGCAAAAAAUAUCUUGGACCAGAGGCCGAUAUAUGGUCACUUGGCGUUAUUCUGUACACAUUGCUCUGUGGGAGUUUGCCAUUUGACGAUGAUGAUGACAAUGAAAUGAAGGCCAAGAUAAUAAGAGGAGAAUAUGUCCUGGAAGAUCACUUAUCUGACGAAGCAAAGGAUCUUAUUCAGUCAAUACUACAGCUCGAACCUAGUAAACGCUUCACAUUGAAACAAAUUUUGGAUCAUCCGUGGCUAAAGAAAAAGGAUGACGAGGACGACGAUGAUAGUGAGUGGCAAACUGUGGACGAAGACGAGAAUGAUAGUCAGUCGGACGACGAGAAUGAUACAGAUCACGACGACAAGAUUGAUGGUAAAGCACUCAAUGAGAAAAUCCUAUUCAAACAUGCUGAUGAAAAAGAACUAUUAGAUAAACUAGAACAAUUAGGCUUUGACGCUGCCACAAUAAAAAGCAGUGUAUUAGAAGCAAAGUGUGAUUCAUCAAAUGGACUAUGGUGGCUAUUGUUAGACAAAAUGAGAGAAAGGAAAAAGGCGGGCAUAGGACAAUCGCCGAAAUUGGUAGACAUAGGUGUUGGCACUGAUGAUGACGUAGAAUUAGUUAAAUCAGUAGAGGCAGUUGUGGAGGAGAAUAAUGAGGAACAGGAUACUUAUGAGGAGGAGUCAGAGAUAGAGGGGAUAGAAGAGAUAGAUGAGGAAGAGGAGGAAGAGGAUGAUGAUCCCGUAACAUUAUUAGUUGAAUCACCACCGGAGUCUGAAGGGACUAAUACCCCGCGUCACUCGCAGGACGGCGACGACCACAGGCCACCUGUGCCUCCAAAGAAAUACGAUGUGUUUCCUCCGACUCCUCCUCCAAAGACAUAUCACGUAGCUCCUGCGACGCGAGAACGACGGAAAUCACUAAUACUCUCAUUCCCCGAAGCUGUAGAGCCUGUUCUCACGGCUAUACAUGCAUCAGCAUCUCCACCCCUCUCCCCCAAGAAAUUUUCGUCGUUCGUGAGCCCACCAACUUCACGACCAGUUAGUCCUAUACAGUCAAUAGUGCCCAUACCAAACACCAAAUCACCGACUCAUCGUAAGCGAGGCGGAAUACUAUCAACUAUCAAAGGGUGGUGGGUAGGUGGUAACGCUCACCAUAACAAAGAUGGUAAUGCUGCCUACAGACGAAGUUAUAAUAACUUUGCUGAGAAUAGUGCGAUAAAGCCCACUGAUAUAACUCGCGCUCGUGCUCGUUCUAGAGCUAAGCGAAGGAGUGGUAGCGACUCGCCUCCUUAUUACGAUGGCGGUGGCGCUAGUAACAUGAAUACACGGCGACAAUCUCAUGGAUCAAUAAGAGAGAAAAAAAAGAGAAAUUCGUGGCAAGGGAAUAAGGGACGACGGGGAUCACUGUUGCCUCCUUUAACGAUACCACCUGUAACGCCAUCCGUCGUCCUAUCUCAGAAUUCGCCUACGAUAUUGUCUCCAAUGCCCGGGACGCCCCCUGGACGACCAAAGACAAUGUUUACUAUAAGUCGCAAAGGAGCAUUUGUGCCUAACGGUAGUUCUUGGGGGCGUAAGACUGUUAAGCGCAGAAGUACCGGUAACGGAAUUAACAGCCUCAUGGAGAGUUUUAAUGCCGCAUCUAGUUCAUCCAGUAGUCAUGCACAUCAUUUAAACACGUAG